AUGUCCUUUCAAAACAUACGAGAUGCAUUUCAUCUCUUUUCCAAUGACAAGGUUCUGCAAGCUCAUGAUUUACUGAUCCAUCAUUUUGGUCCGAAUUUUAAAACAUUUAUUUCCAAAGUGUCGGAUCAGGAUCUUGUACUCGAUUCUAACGACGUGGAUAUGAUACGAUUAAUUUAUAGAGAUGGUGCUCUAGCUAAAAUGCUUCUUCAUGAAUUUAAUUGCUCCGAUGGUUGGAAUUUGUGUGUCGAUAAAGAUCGAGCAAAAACAUACUAUAAACGAAGCGGACAAGUUUCACAGCAAUAUUUUGGAACAGGCACAAAUAGCAGUUGUAUUGAUGGUGUUACUGACGAUGCUCCUUUACACGUGAUUAAAAUUGAAGGAGAAAUUGACGCACCAAUUUUUAAUUUAUUAAGUAUUUAA